GAGACAGCCACGAGGGAGUGCGAGCGCAAAUCGAGUGGAACAGGUAUUAAAAAAAAAAAAAAAAUCCGCUGCCCAAGAUUCCAAAAUGGUGACAGCUAAAGUAUGGAAACUGGCCAAGCGACCAGACGGAGUGCCCAGGAGGGAAGACUUCGAGUGUGUGAGAGAAGAGUUAGUUUGCGGAAAUGGAGAUGUUAUUAUUGAGGCUGAAUAUUUGAGUGUAGAUCCAUACAUGCGGUACAAGGUCAGGCAAAUCCCGCUCAAUUCCACUGUAGUCGGUACUCAGGUUGCACGAGUGAUUGAGAGUAAGAACCCAGAGUGGCCAGUGGGGACGUACGUUGUCUCGCCGUCCGGCUGGCGCUCUCACACCCGACUCACCGAGAAGGACUUCAAGGCUGAUAACUUUUUCCAGAAGCCCAUGAAGUUACCAGAGAUGGGAGACUUGCCUAAGAGUCUGGGCUUAGGGAUUCUAGGCAUGCCGGGAAAUACAGCCUACUUUGGGUUGCUUGAGAUCUGCCAGCCAAAAGCAGGAGAGACCGUAUUGGUUAACGCUGCAGCUGGGGCAGUUGGCAGUGCUGUCAUCCAAAUUGCAAAGAUCAAGGGCUGUAAGGUAAUUGCAUUUGCGGGUUCUGAUGAAAAGGUUGCAUGGACCAAAGAACUGGGGGCCGACCACGCCUUCAACUACAAAACAACCGACAUCUCGGAAGCGCUCAGUCAGGCAGCACCAGAAAAUAUUCACUGCUUCUUUGAAAAUGUUGGAGGGCAGUUCACAGCUGAAGCCCUACCUCACAUGGCAGAGAGGGGCAGGAUGGCAAUUUGUGGUGUCAUUUCAGAGUAUAAUGACAACGACAAAGAUAUUGGGGUGGUGUCAAUGACUAGUCCACUGAAUCAAGCCACGUUACUUUGGAGAGAAAUGAAAGUAGAAGGCUUCAUUGUUACACGUUGGUUUGAUCGCUGGAUGGAAGGAAUUGAGCAGUUAAAGCAGUGGAUCAUUGAGGGCAAACUCAAGUACAAGGAAACAACAGUAAAAGGAUUUGACAACAUGCCUGAAGCCUUCAUUGGCCUAUUCCGCGGUGACAACAUUGGCAAAGCUAUUGUAACAGCCUGAAGAACUAGAGGACACUACCUAAUUAGCUAACUUACGCCAAACGAAAGUGCUCAAAUAGAUAGGAUUGUAAGCAAUAACCUAGAUUUUAAAAGUACUAUAUGUAGUUACAAGAAGGAAAUCCAUAAAUUUGAAAAUAUUCAAUUAAGUCUUAAGGAAAUUAUACAGAUUUCUUAUAUACAUCGGUUACGAAGGGUGGCUUGGUAAUGCUGAAAAUGCACUUGUUUUAAGUUAGACAAUAUGUUUAUCUUUGUUUAAAAUUAUAAACAUUAACAGAACUAACGUUUUCAUAGUCAUUUCUGACUACACAAGGUGACGGCAGAUGCCAAGGAUUAAGCCUGGUGUGAAAAAAAUGCUGAUUUUGUUAGAGAAAAUAAAGGUUAUGUAUGCAG